UGCGCACAAAAGGUAAAUCGAAAGUGGGUUUCUAGGAAUUACAAACAUAUUUCCCGCACCAAACAAACCGCCAUAUUGCAGUCAUCAGCACCGCUUGAUCUGAUCAUAGUUUCAAACAGGAACAAUGGCGACCUCUUGCACUAAGAAAGAAGGAACUCCGGGCCCUGACGACUCUGCGUUCCGGACACAGAGUGAGCUGAGUGACGUGGUGAUCGUUGUCGAAGGAAGGCCACUACACGUGAAUAGAAGUGUUCUAUCUCUCAUAUCGCCUGUAUUCCUGAAGAUGUUCAACGGGGAAUGGAAAGGGAAGGCUGAAGUUCCUUUAGCAGACAAAAAGUACGAUCACUUUGUGGAGCUACUGCUGUGUGUCUACCCGCCACAUGGCAAACUCAUCUCUAUGGAAACGCUUGAUGUGGUUCUACCACUGGCUGACGAAUACGGGAUCGAGUCUCUCAAGCUGCGGUGUGAGGCUUUUGUCCUCGCACGUUUCCAGCACAGAAUUACGAAGUUCAACAAUCCACCCACCAAAGAGUUGGUUCACUUCCUUUACCUGGCGGAUAAGUACAAACUGAAGACACUUUUAGAAGAAUCUGUGGAGAAGGUGAUUCUCCGACCAUAUGACGGGAAAGGCGGUGUUAAAAUGUUGAACGAAUUUGGAUUGCUGUCAGUAGAAGUUAAAUAUAGGAUUACAUCUGAAAGACUGUGUCUGCUUGAGAAACAACAGUGUCCUUUUUCUUUAUAAGGUGUAAACAAGGCGGCGGCUGCCUGUCUUAAUUUACAGAACCUGGAACAGAACCUUCGAAGAAGCCUCCAUUUUGUACGAGCCUCCAGCUGAAAAUGGCGAUAUCCCUCCAGAGGACUCUGAUCAAACACCACAGGAUGUAUAUUCCUAGUGCAACAGACACUACUCGUGGUAACCAAAUAGUUGAUUAUGUUCGACUGAUUGUGGACAAAUGUAUGAACGGCUGUCAAUUAGGAAAAGCAAGAUUUUAUGGAUGUCAACUUCUUUAUUAUGAAUAACACGACGUUUCAGAGUGUAUGCUUGCUCCUUCAUCAGGGGA